UUGGAGAGCGGCUCCUCCAGCUGCUCCUCCUGCAGCCGGGCCCCGCCUAGAAUAGCCCAGCUCCGCCUAGAGGAGCCCAGAUCCCGCCCGAAGGAGCAAUGCGCAUUGGAGGAGAGCCCCUUCUCAAAGUUUGCGCGUAAAUUCAAAGCUGUGCGCCCCCACCGCUGCUCGCCUGGAAGCCUGUUUCCUGAGACCAGAAACAUGAGCGGAAGAGGCAAAACCGGAGGAAAGGCCAGAGCCAAGGCCAAGACCCGCUCCUCCCGUGCGGGGCUCCAGUUCCCCGUGGGCCGCGUGCACAGGCUGCUGCGUAAAGGAAACUACGCGCAGCGCGUGGGCGCCGGCGCCCCCGUGUACCUGGCGGCCGUCCUGGAGUACCUGACCGCCGAGAUCCUGGAGCUGGCCGGCAACGCGGCCCGCGACAACAAGAAGACCAGGAUCAUCCCGCGCCACCUGCAGCUGGCCGUGCGCAACGACGAGGAGCUCAACAAGCUGCUGGGGGGGGUCACCAUCGCCCAGGGCGGCGUGCUGCCCAACAUCCAGGCCGUGCUGCUGCCCAAGAAGACCGAGAAGCCCGCCAAGUCCAAGUAA